AUACCAGCGACGCAAAACAAGCCCCACGAGGUUUUUAUGAACUUCUUAUGAGUUUGUCUGCCUGAUCUCUCCAUUUAGAGACAUGGUUAUUAAAAAGAUUAUUGUAUUUAUGUAUAACGUCAGUUCUUUGCCUGGCCGAUUGUGUCUUUAGAGAAACUGCACGAUUUACUCGGUAAGACAGCGAAACAUCUAGACCAUGAAUUGGUCCCGAGGUGUAGGGCAGGAAGCCGCGUCCUCACAGGAUGGCGAUCGCCUGGAGGACACGGAGGAGUCCGGGCUCUCUGACGCGCUUGGCUUGCUGCACAUUGAAAUUGACUGUGAAACGGCCGGGAAAUUCGGCGGUGAUGGCGAAGAAAUCUUGCACUCUAAAAACGUCUUGCGCAAGCAGAGGAACUGGGAGCGGAAGCUGGCUGCCAAGAGGAGCAAGAGGAGAGGAGAGAAGCUGAGGAGAAGGCAGAGGAGAGCUGAGGCGUCAGGUGAUGCGGGCGCUGCUGCGGACAGCCUUCAGGACAGCAAACGGGUGCUGAAGGUCAACGCCAGGGAGCGGCUGGCACAGGCCCGAGUCACGGGACCGAGGCUGUGUGUGGACCUGAGUGUGGCGGUUUGCAUGUCUCCCAAGGAAAUUAGCAGGCUGGCAGGCCAGAUUGGGAGGCUGUAUGGGUCCAACCGGAGGGCAAGGAAGCCGUUCCAUCUCUUCCUAACCGACCUGAAGGAGGACAGCCUGCUGUAUCGGGAGUGUCAGAGGAUGAACGAUGGCUUCCUUCGCUAUGCGAUCGACAUCACGGAGGACAGCUUCCUAGACCUUUUCCCUCAGGAGAGUGUCAUCUACCUCACACCGGAUGCUGAGCAAGCUCUGGAGUACGUGGAGCCGGACAAGGUGUACGUCCUUGGGGGGCUGGUGGAUGAGAGCGUUCAGAAGAAAAUCACUUACCUGAGGGCCAGAGAUGGUGGGGUGCCCAGUGCCAGGCUGCCCAUCAGUGAGUACAUGGUGAAGAAGACCAACGCCAAGAACUACCACUCCAAAAUCCUGGCCAUCAAUCAGGUCUUCGAUAUUCUGCUCACUUUCUGUGACACUGGAAGUUGGGCAGUCGCACUGGGGGAGGGGAUACCCCCAGGGAAGGGCUACAUAAUCAGAACGGACGACACCCCCCAAAUUGACCACUGAACAUCAUUUCCUGCUGCCUCAACAAGGUUCAUCAGUCAAGACCAUAGGGGGGACGGGACCAAGGCAUCACCUAGGUCCUCACUGGAGCACCAAAUCCCCCAAUGGGAGCUCGCUGUUGCUUUCUGCUGGUUGGGCUCCACUGCCCAUUUCCAUGGAAAUGACCUUUAAGGGUCCACUGAGAAUUCUGUGUUACACUUGGAAUCAUUACACUGGAACGAAAACACAGUUCACUGUAUUUUUUUCAGUAAGAACUACAUUGAAGGUUUUUUUUAAUUGGAAAAUGAUUUUAAUAUGGUGUUAGCCUGGGAAGUCCCAGCUGAAACAAGUAACCAGGUGAAUGUAAUGCUGAAGAAUUGAAUAAGAGCAGUGUUUCUUGCCCUGGUCCACGGGAACCCCAAGAUGUUCCAUGUUUUUGUUGCCUCCCAGCUUGCGGUGGGUGCCAAAGGUCAUACAUAUCUGUUUGUUCAGCUCUAAAAAAACCAGUAAAAUGUGUUGAGAUCACUGAAAUUGUUCUUUCACUACAUAGUGUUAUAUGGGGUUAUUGUAUUGUGCAAUCAAAGUCUUAGGCACCAGCAAUGAGGUCCUGGUUGCACAGCUGUUUUUUAUUUUUGCGCAAAGCAGACAUCAGUCCAUGUGUUUUUAGCAUUGGGUGUGUUUAUGUUAAAAUAAACACACUUUUAUACAUUAUGUUUUGCACAUAUACUGUUAAAUAAUUCACGAUGUUGUAUAAGAACAGAGAUAACACGGUAACGUACAAGUUACACUAAAGUGGCCAUUUAGUGUAGUAGACCGCACGGCGAUAUAAGUGGUGUCAUUCUUCGCAGUACCAGAACUGGCCAAUAGGCGGCACCGAAAAUCCGCAUAGCACUGACGAUCGACACUGUUGUCACAAGCUAGGCUAAAGUUAUCAGCGAACCUGAACGAUGAUGAUGCGAUGCAGCGAUCAUUAACCUCACCUGAUAUCGGCAGUAUUCCACACGAACAGUCUAUGUAACGUUAGUUUUACCCCUUUUGAUCAAAUGUUAAAGUACGGCCCCUGCCCGUGUUACUAUCACGCUGCUAACAAGACUAACGGAAACAACAGAUAAAAGCUAAGGGACACCUAUAUGCAGAUGGAUAAUACUGUUGUCUUUAGCUGUACCUCUCUGCUUAAGUUACAACACAUAAAUUAAUAUAAGAAUAAAACGCAUUAAUUUCCAGUAAUAAGCUGGAAAACUAGUUCACAUGACGAACUCACGUAGUGAUCACGUACCAUUCCUGAAUAGUUUCUUUAAUUGAAUCGGUUCUUUUUACUUAAUUGAUCGAACCUGUUUUCAAAUCUAAAAGAACCGGUUAGUAAAGUGCCGAUACCAAUAGCCUUUGCGAACAGCAUUUGUUAUAUACUUGUAUGUUGUGGCUUUGGUGUUGCUUUCUAUCCUUUAAUUAAAGCAUUUUAUACAAUAUGUUUGCAAAUUUCUGAGAGUACUAAGAUUUUAUCAGGCUUUUGGAGGCUGACUAUAUAUUUUAAAAGCUAAAACCUGCUUACAUGAUUGUUUUUCAUUUUAAUUAGACCUGGGGCGAUCGAUAUACAUGGCUAAUACAGUAACAAACGCCGCUGUCCUGGCAAUCUGAUUUUGUUGCAAAAAUGUCGGGGCAUUUAUAAAUCAAUAGGAGUUCAUACAUUUCUCAUAAACCCGUCUAUAAGUGAUUUAAACAGCAUGGAUGAAAGCACGUCCUCCCGCCCCACAGAUUCUUUGAAUCGACUGUUCGAAUCAUUUAAACGAACAAUUCGACAGAAUCUGUUCUGUAAAUUGAAUCGAACUUCCUAUCACUACUUUCAGGCGCAGAAAUAGGCGGAAUCACGUAUUAAGAACCGGACUGCUCCUGAUUUCCAGCAUCAUUACCCGACGACCUGGCAGCUCACACGUGCGCAGUGAGUGUGCAGGUGGCCGCAGAGCUACAAGCCUUGGCUGUGUCACGCCCAGCUCCGUACGAUCCUUGUGUGUGCCACGCCCACCUCGUUACCUCGUGUUUAUGCCUGCUUGUUCUCCACUGUUGCUCGUUAAACUCAGUUUGUCUUGUGUAUUUAGUCCGAGUCUCAGUCAGUCUUCAACCGAGAUUCGUCAUUGUAUUGUUAUGUUUUGUUCCUUGUCCGCUAGUCCACCCGCAAUAAACCCCGUCUGUCCGUC